AUGAUUUUUAAAAAAUCAACUCAGAUGUUUGGAAUUUGGAUUGCUGCACUUUUAUUCUUUGGCAAAUCACCAGCUGCAGGGGAAGAAGUUUGCUAUGAAAGGGUGGGAUGCUUUAAAGAUGGUCUGCCAUGGACUGGGACCUUCUCAAGACAGUUUGCAGGGUUACCAUGGUCUCCAGAAAAGAUAAACACUCGCUUUCUGCUCUACACUAGACAGAAUCCCAAAGUCCAUCAGGAAGUCAGUGCAGUUAAUUAUUUAACUAUCCAAGCCUCACACUUCGCAACAGACAAGAUCACACGUAUCAACAUACCUGGAUGGAAAUCAGAUGGCAAAUGGCAGCAAGUCAUGUGCAAUGUACUGCUAAAAGUAGAAGAUGUGAACUGCAUUAAUUUAGACUGGAUUAACGGUUCACUGCAAUAUAUCCACGCGGUAAACAAUCUCCGCGUUGUUGGUGCUGAGGUGGCUUAUUUUAUUGAUGUUCUCGUGAAAAAAUUUGGAUAUUCUGCUUCUAAAGUACACUUGAUUGGCCACAGCUUGGGAGCUCAUCUGGCUGGGGAAGCUGGGUCAAGAACGCCAGGCCUCGGAAGGAUCACUGGGUUGGACCCAGCAGGGCCGUGUUUCCAUGACACUCCAAAUGAAGUCAGGUUGGAUCCCUCAGACGCCAGCUUUGUUGACGUUAUCCAUACAAAUGCAGUUCGCCUCUUCUUUGAGCUUGGUGCUGGAACUAUUAAUGCUUGUGGUCACCUUGACUUUUACCCAAAUGGAGGGAAGCACAUGCCAGGAUGUGAAGAUUUAAUUACACCUUUAUUUAAAUUUGAUCUCGAUAUUUACAAGGAAGAAGUGUUUUCCUUCUUUGAUUGCAACCAUGCCCGAAGUCAUCGCUUUUAUGCUGAAAGCAUUCUCAAUCCUGAUGCAUUUAUUGCUUAUCCCUGUACAUCCUACGAAUCUUUUAAAGCAGGAAAUUGCUUUCAUUGUCCCAAGGGAGGUUGCCCAACAAUGGGUCAUUUUGCUGAUAGAUUUCACCUCAAAAAAAUGAAGCCUAAUAGAUUAUAUUAUUUUUUAAACACAGGGACUCUUUCGCCAUUUGCCCGUUGGAGGCACAAACUGUCUGUCAAACUUGAUGGGAACAGCGUCACUCAAGGAAGUGUAUUUCUCCGUGUAGGUGGAAUGACUGGGAAGACAGGCGAGUUUGAGUUUGUCAGUGGAACACUGAAGCCAGGCAUGACUUAUACAGAUUUAAUUGAUGCAGACAUUAAUGUUGGAAACAUUACAAGCAUUGAGUUCAUUUGGAAGGAGUAUUCAUUUGAACGUUCUCAGAGUAAGCUGGGAGCAGAAAUGGUGAUAGAUAUAUCUGGAAAAUAUGGAUAUAAAUCUGCUUUCUGUAGCCAAAACAUCGUAGGACCUAAUAUUGCCCAGAUCCUGAAACCAUGCUAA